AUGACAGACAAGGUCAACGUUGCGGCAGUCCUGCCCGCUCCCAAGGCCGAUCUGGUCCUGCAGGAGCGCCCCGUCUCGUCGCCUGGCCCGGAUGAAGUCUUGAUCCGCAACCACGCCAUCGCGCUGAACCCCAUCGACUGGAAGAGGCAGGAAUUGGGUUUGAUGGUCAACUCGUACCCGGCGGGCCUUGGUGCAGAUCUCUCGGGCAUUGUAGCCGAGGUCGGGUCGUCUGUGACAGGUUUCAAGCCGGGCGACCGCGUGUUCGGAUUCGGCAACUGGGUCUCGAAAGGCCUGGACCAUGUCGCGUACCAGGCCUACACCCUCGUUGAGUCUGCCUCAGCCUCGCUGGUGCCGCCGUCCACGAGCCUGCUGCAGGCCGCCACCCUCCCGACAGCCAUCGGCACCGCGACCAUGGGUUUAUUCUCUGUGCUCGACCUGCCCCGGCCUGGGACCGCUGUCACGUCUUCACCUCUGGCGCUCCGGUCCAUUCUGAUCUGGGGCGGCGCCAGCACCGUCGCGUCCAUGGCGAUCCAGUUUGCGCGCUUGGCCGGCCUCACAGUCUUCACCACGGCCAGCAAAAAGCACCAUGCCUACCUGCGCUCGCUCGGCGCGAGCGUCGUGGUCGACUACAACUCGCCCACGGCUGUCGAGGAGCUCGUCGCGGCGGCCGCCAGCGCCGGUACCGAGAUCGCCAUCGCCCUCGACUGCAUCUCGCUUCCCCACACCCUCACCCCCACAAUCAAGGUUCUCUCCAGCUUCACCGGCGGCGGCCCCAAGAAGCUGGCCCAUCUGGUGCCGUGGUCUCCGGACUUUGCCAAGCCCGACGCCGGCAUCGAAGUCGAAUGGGUCCCUGGGGAGGAUCUGUGGGACGAGAAAGAGGAGUUGCUGAAUUGGCUGCUGAGAGAAUCCUUGCCGAAAUGGCUCGAAGAGGGCGCCGUUGUGCCGCUGCAGUACCGCGUCAUUCCGGGGGGGCUGAGCGGGCUGCAGAAUGGAUUGAACGAGCUCAAGAAGGGCGCCAGCGGCGAGAAGUUGGUUGUUGAGCUGUAG